CGGAAGAGGCGGGCCUUAGCGCCAUCCCCGCCCGGCGCCCCUUGUCAUUGGCGGCCCUGCUUUGGAGGCACCGCAGGGACGGCGGCGAUGUCUUGCUGCGGAAGCGGCGCCGGAGGCCUCGGCCGCCUCCUUCUGCUCCUGCAGAAGAAUGGGGUACGGCACUGCUCCUAUUCGGCCACCCGGAAAAACCUGUACAUCACUAAAGAUACAAAGGUUAUUUGUCAAGGUUUCACUGGCAGACAGGGCACUUUCCACAGUCAACAGGCCUUGGAGUACGGUACCAAUUUAGUAGGAGGGAUUUCGCCAGGCAAAGGGGGCAAAAGCCACUUGGGACUUCCAGUUUUUAAUUCCGUCGAGGAGGCAAAAGUAAAAACGGGUGCUACCGCCUCGUCCAUAUACGUGCCGCCGCCCUUCGCUGCCGCUGCCAUCAAUGAAGCCAUUGACGCAGAAAUCUCCCUUGUUGUGUGCAUUACAGAAGGUAUUCCCCAGCAGGACAUGGUGCGCGUCAAGCACAGGUUGCUCCGUCAGAACAAGACUCGACUGGUCGGCCCAAAUUGCCCGGGAGUCAUCAACCCUGGAGCAUGUAAAAUUGGUAUCAUGCCUGGACACAUUCACAAGAAAGGAAGAAUCGGUAUUGUAUCCAGAUCUGGCACUUUGACUUACGAAGCCGUCCAUCAAACAACUCAAGUCGGAUUAGGACAGUCCUUCUGUGUUGGGAUAGGAGGAGACCCCUUUAACGGGACAAAUUUUAUUGACUGCCUGGAUGUCUUCCUGAAGGACCCCCACACUAGUGGGAUCAUAUUGAUAGGGGAGAUCGGCGGGAAUGCCGAGGAAGACGCCGCGGAUUUCCUUAAACAAAAUAACUCUGGUUCGAACUCCAAACCCGUGGUCUCGUUUAUAGCCGGAGUCACUGCUCCUCCGGGCAGGAGAAUGGGCCACGCGGGAGCCAUCAUUGCCGGUGGGAAAGGUGGAGCCAAAGAGAAGAUUGCAGCCUUGCAGAAUGCUGGAGUCGUCGUCAGUAUGUCUCCCGCCCAGCUUGGAUCCACGAUGUAUAAGGAGUUUGAGAAGAGGAAAAUGCUAUGAGAAAAGUAUGGUCGGGAUGUCUCUGCAAAAAAUAAAUAAAUCACACACUCUUCACUUCCCUCCACGCCCUGUAUUCUCCGCGUACUCCUGUUUUUUUGUCGGAAUACAGCAGCGCUCCGUCUUACAAAAGUCAAAUUUUAACACCACCAGGGUUGAUUUUGGUGGGUUCAUGAUUUCACAUGUGAUUGUACAUCGAUAGUCAAUAAAUCAAUCUACUACUACUGAAUUCGAUUCUUUGAAAUCGAUUUCUUCGAUUUCUUUGAUGCUUGGUACCGUUUUCCUUGCAUUGCUAGCACGGGGGGGAUUUAGAAAAAAAAUCCGGUACCUAAACUGUUUAGACGUUUUACCAUCUGCUAAAAUUUAUACUCUAAUGUUGCUUUUCUGUUUACGUUUGGGGUUUUUUAUGCUUUGUGUUUGGCUGGCCGUCGUGCCUGAUGCAGAAACAGCUAUGCUUCCUGUUGUUAGAUUCACCUAUUAGUCCUCAAAACAAUUUUUUUUUUAAUAUACAUUUUUCUCAGCUAAUUUUUUCCCCCCAAAGUUGGUAUAAAAAUUCCAGGCCAGAGUGAAGAUUGUGGACUCCAUUGUACUAAGAGGUGAAACUGCAGUUGCCCGGGGUUGCAAUUCAUAUUUUUUCCCGAUGCGUUAUAGUCACAGUCCAAAUUUUUGCAAAAGCAUCUUUUUUUUUUAUUUAAUCCAGAUACAGCAAUGCUUAAUCUUAACAAAAUAAACUUUUUAACGCCAGCAGAGUUGAUUUGGGUGGUUCGUAGGUAGGUAGGUAAAAUUCUUCCUCGUGAAGUUUUCCUAAAUGAAUGAGGGGAAAAGAAAUAUAAAAAGACUUAUUUUUUUAUAUUCGUGGACUAGGCAUCUUGAAAAAGUUUUAAAUAAAGGAAAUCUGAUCCUUCAGUUCCGUGCUCUGUUGAGCCAAGCCACAAUACUUCUGUGCGAUGUUACAUGUCCUUAAAUAUUAUGUAACAGUUUGUUAAUUCAGAUUCUGCAUGUAGAAUCCGAGUGUUGAUUUCAGGAUGCAGACUUAAUCUCCGAGUACUGUACGUGUGUCAUUCUUCUACUUAUAACAUCUUCCAUAAUAAACAUUUUCCCAUCAA